AUGACCAAGCUGAUUAUUUCGAGCAAAGCGCCCGUCGUGGCCUAUUCGGAGCUUAUUGCCGCCCGCCUAGUGAAUGCUGCUGAACCAUCGAAAAUCGAUGUCGAAUUCACUGAAGACAAGAAAGCACCAGCUGCUGUUUUGGAAGGUACACCUGACAGUGUGUUGCAAAGAAUUGUUGCCAACAACUCUAAAGUUUUAGGAGAGAACACAGAGGACGCGGCAGCCUGGUCUAAAUUCGCUGCUGAAGAAUUGACUGUUAAGAAUUUCGCCAAGCUUUCGGGCUCACUGGAGAAACUAGACGCUCAUUUGAACUUCAGGACUUUUAUCUCUGGUGAAAAAUCAUUUUCACCAGCUGAUAUUGCGUGCUGGGGCUCUCUGAGAUCUAACGGGAUGGUUGGAUCCAUCAUCAAGAACAAGGUGUACAUCAAUGUCUCCCGUUGGUACACACUCCUGGAGCAAAUUCCCGAGUUUGGUACAGCCCACGAAUUCUUGACCAAAUCCGUGCAAGAACUUAAAAAAUCAGCAUCUAGUGGCAAGAAAAAGGAGACCCACAAGGCCAACUUUGAGAUCGAUCUACCGGGCGCUAAAAUCGGCGAGGUUGUGACCCGUUUCCCACCAGAACCUUCUGGAUAUCUGCACAUUGGACACGCCAAAGCUGCCAUUCUCAACCAAUAUUUUGCUCAAGAAUACAAGGGUAAGCUCAUCAUAAGAUUUGACGACACCAAUCCGUCGAAGGAAAAAACCGAAUUUCAAGAUUCGAUCUUGGAAGAUCUGGAACUUUUGGGCAUCAGAGGUGACAGGGUUACCUACUCCUCUGAUUAUUUCCAAGAAAUGUUUGACCUCUGUGUUCAGCUUAUCAAGGAUGGUAAGGCUUACUGUGAUGACACGCCAACGGAGAAAAUGAGAGAAGAACGUAUGGACGGUAUAGCCUCAGCAAGAAGAGACCGUUCCGUCGAGGAAAAUCUCAAGCUUUUCACUGAAGACAUGAAGAAUGGUACUGAAGAGGGUCUGAAAAACUGUGUUCGUGCGAAGAUUGACUACGAGGCAUUGAACAAGACUUUACGCGAUCCCGUCAUCUACAGAUGCAACUUGACUCCUCACCAUAGAACCGGCUCAACCUGGAAGGCUUACCCAACUUAUGACUUUUGUGUUCCUAUCGUUGAUGCAUUGGAGGGCGUCACCCACGCCUUGCGUACUAUCGAGUAUAGAGACAGAAACGCUCAGUACGACUGGAUGCUCAACGCCUUAAAAUUGAGAAAGGUACACAUUUGGGACUUUGCCCGUGUUAACUUUGUUAGAACCUUGUUAUCUAAGAGAAAACUCCAGUGGAUGGUUGACAAGAACCUAGUUGCAAACUGGGAUGAUCCAAGAUUCCCCACGGUAAGAGGAGUAAGAAGAAGAGGUAUGACAGUGGAAGGUUUGAGAAACUUCGUUUUGUCGCAAGGCCCCUCCAGAAAUGUGAUCAACUUGGAGUGGAACUUGAUCUGGGCUUUCAACAAGAAGGUCAUUGACCCAGUAGCUCCUAGACAUACCGCUGUGAUCAACCCGGUUAAACUGCACAUUGAGGGUGCCCCUGAGACUCCCGACGUGCAAUUAAGACCUAAACACAAAAAGAACCCUGCCGUUGGAGAGAAAAAGGCUAUUUACUACUCUGACGUUCUCAUCGAUCAAGAUGAUGCCGAUUUGAUUCAAGAUGGCGAAGAAUUGACUUUGAUGGAUUGGGGUAAUGUGAUCAUUACCGGUAAGAACGCUGAUGGGUCCUUAACCGCUAAGUUGCACUUGGAAGGUGAUUUCAAGAAAACGAAGCUGAAGUUGACUUGGUUGGCUGACACUGAAGACAAGGUUGACAUUGAUCUUGUUGACUUCGACCAUUUGAUCACGAAAGAUAAGUUAGAAGAAGGUGAGGACUUUGCUGAUUUCCUAACACCGGAGACUGAGUUCCAUACUGCUGCCGUUGCUGACUUGAACGUUAAGGACAUGAAAAAGGGUGACAUCGUUCAAUUCGAAAGAAAGGGAUACUACAGAUUGGACUCCUUGGCAUCAGGCGACAAACCUUAUGUGUUUUUCGGAAUCCCAGACGGUAAGUCAGUUAACAAAUACGGCGCCAAGAAAUAA